AAAUCGUUGCCAUAAAAGGUGUUUAUAAAAUUUUUUUGUAAAAUGGUCAUUCUUAUUUUUAUUAUCAAAUGAUCAUUUCAAACUAUCGAAUACAAUGUCAAAUUUGAAUACAGAUGCAUUAGAACGAGAAGUCUAUCAGACUGCUUUUAAACAUGUAUCUAACAUGCUUCAACGGCCAGAUCAAUUGGACAAAAUUGAACAAUACAAGAAACGUGUCAAACGAAAUAUUAACUCAAAAGAAAGUAUGUUAAAAACUGCGAUGCAAACACAAUUGGAUGGCGUUAAAACAGGAUUGAUACAUUUAAAAGCUGCUGCGAAUGACAUAAGCGAAAUUAAAAACACUAUUCGUCUUAUCGAAGAGACAUUUCCAUCAAUCCCAAUGCUAUAUGAAAAAUUGAAAUAUGUUCGCGAAGAAUCGAUGAAACAUAGUCAAUAUGCUGUGUCGAUGGAAAAUUUGAAACAUAUUUUCAAUGUACCUGAAACGGUUGCAAAAACUCGUGAAUUGAUCAUGGAAAAUUAUUUGCUCGAAGCACAUUUGAAUCUUUAUGAAUUGGAAAAAUCGCGCGACAAUCUACUCUUUCAAUUGCAUCGUUUGGCGCCUACCAACAACGCCGACAAGAACAUGUUAAAACAUUAUUAUGCUGAAGUUGAAAAAUUAUCCGAAGAAUUGGGCAAACAACUUUGGCUCAUUAUUCGUUUGACAUUGAACACUGUACGAAAAGAACCUUCGUUGAUCGUCACAGCUCUUCGUAUAAUCGAACGUGAAGAAUUACUAGAUGAAGCAGCAAUGAAACGAGCUGAAUCUACAGGGUUCAUGUCACAAGGACGACCGAAAAAUUGGAAGAAACGAGUAUUUGAAAUCCUGGAAGAAGCGGUAAACGAAAGAAUCGCUGGUAAUAAAUUUCAUGAACGAUAUGAAAAUAAAAUGUGGCUAGUAAUGCAUUUGGAAAUGACAAGAAAAAUCAUUUUGGAUGAUUUGAAAGUCGUUAAAUAUGCAUGUGUUUCAUGUUUUCCGCCAUCGUAUGAUAUAGUUCGACGAAUGUUUCAUCUUUAUCAUCGAUGUUUGAGUGCCUACCUGCAAGAAUUGGUCAGCACACUUGAAGGCAACGAAUACAUUACUCUUUUAAAUUGGCUCAAUGCCUAUGAAGGAACUGAAUUGCUUGGACAUCCUGAUCUUCGUUUCUCAUUAAAAGAUGAUUGCUUGCCUCCACUACUUACCGAUGAAAUUAUUGAAGAUCUUAUGACCAAAUAUCUGUUGACUGUCGAAAAGAAUUAUAAAGAAUGGUUAGCCAACACCAUUCGUCAUGAAUCAAAAGAUUGGCAUACGAAUCACCAUCCAGAAGCUGAUAAUUCUGGCCAUUAUCAAACGACGACACCUGUUAUUGUAUUUCAGAUGAUCGACCAACAUUUACAGGUAGCCAGUAUAGUCAGCAUGGAUCUAGUCAAUCGAGUAUUACUUUUGUCAAUGAAACAUUUGACUGAAUUCGCUAAACAAUAUCAAGAAGCAGUAAACAAAUAUGCUAAAAGUCAUUUUGAUAAUCGAACACAAAAUUUCACUCCCAACAUGAUUGCCAUUUCAAAUAAUUGUUCCAGUUUGAUGGAUAAUGCCUUAAAAUUUCAAAAAGAAUAUCGUAAGGAUGACUUGAAUCAAUUGAAGAUGGAUAAUGCUUUUAGCAAUAUGAUCAAAUCUUUUGAAAAGCUCAAGGAAGAAAGCAUAGGCUAUUUGAUUAAGGAAAUUUUAUUAGAUGUUGAUUGUGAAAUCAACAAAGUUGGCAGUAUUGAAUGGUUGGAAGGAACCGUUUCGGUGGUCGAUAAUGUUCGUCUCACUCUUGAGGAUUAUUUACGUGACUAUGUCUACUUGAAAGAUGCUAAUUCAGAUGCCCUUAAAGUGCAAUUGCAAAAAAGCCUAGCAAAAUCUUAUAUUGCAUCAAUUCUUUCGAAGCGAACUCCAUUAAGAAGCCAAAGUAAACGGGAAGAUUUUGCUCGAAAAUGUAUAGAAGAAGCCAGAACAAUUGAUGAAACUAUUGAAAAAUUACCAACUAAAAUAGAAUCCAAUUCUGGAGUUGAAAAUCCAUUCAAAGUUGUUCCUAUGUUAAUGGAUUUUCUCAAACUAAAUGAUUUGUCCAUGCUAUAUCUCGAAAUAAUGAGUUUUAUGAAACACUAUCCAGAUAUUAAAGCCGAUCAUUUUGUUGCAUUGUUAAGUUUACGUGAAGAUAUCAAAACCGGUGUACGAAAGAAUUCCAUUUCAAUUAUCACACAAUUUAGAAAGUUGCCGAAUCGAUGCCACCUGAUACGGAUAUCGAUAAGAAUAUCAGAACAAUAUUUUCUGAAAUAAUUAUUAAUUAAUUAAUUAACAAUUUAUAAAAAAAAUAAUUUUUGUAAUAAAAAAAAAAUAAUUAUUUA